AUGGCCCUGCACAAGGUACAUAAACAAGAAGAAAAUGAUGCACGCAGGCUAUAUGACAAAGAGAUGAGAUGCAUGGAGAUUUUGGAGUCCCUACAGAAGGAGAAUGCCCCGUGUAAGAGUGAGGAGGAGGAGGACAUUCCAGGAGAUGUCACUACAGAAAAUCCCAGCAAGAAUUCUGAGGAAAAAGUUUUGUUAUCACUAAAGGAUGAAGAUAUCCUGCAGCGCUCUUCAGGAGAAAACAUCAUUACCCUUAAUGUACAUCCAGGACUUCACAGUACAGAUAUAUCCUAUAAUCCUCCUAAUCACGAGGGACCUUCUCCUGACCAAUCACAGAUUGUUAACAGAAGUACAAGUCAGAAAGGGGGUGAAAGGUUUCACGUUGGUAUAGAGUCCACAAAAAGCUCAAGUCUUUUUACACACAGAGGAAUUCACACAUUAGAGAAGCCACAUUCAUAUUCAGAAUGUGGGAAAUAUUUUACACACAAAUCAACUCUUGUUACACAUUCAAGAAGUCACACAGGUCAGAAGCCAUAUUCAUGUUCAGAAUGUGGGAAAUGUUUUACAGACAAAUCAACUCUUGUUAUACAUGAGAGAAGACACACAGGAGAGAAACCAUAUUCAUGUCCAGAAUGUGGGAAGUGUUUUUCAAAUAAUUCAAAACUUGUUACACAUCUGAGAAUUCACACAGGAGAGAAGCCAUAUUCAUGUACAGAAUGUGGGAAAUGUUUUGCACAAAGAUCUAAUCUUGUUACACAUCAGAAAAACCACACAGGAGAUAAGAUAUAUUCAUGUUUAGAAUGUGGGAAAUGUUUUAAAUAUAAAUCUUUUCUUGUUAUGCAUGAGAGAAUUCACACAGGAGAGAAACCAUAUUUAUGUUCAGAAUGUGGGAAAUGUUUUGCAGGAAAAUCAUAUCUUUCUUCACACAAAAGAAUUCACACAGGAGAGAAACCAUAUUCAUGUUCAGAAUGUGGGAAAUGUUUUACACAAAAAUUAGAUCUUGUUAAUCAUGAGAGAAUUCAUACAGGAGAGAAGCCAUAUUCAUGUUCAGAAUGUGGGAAAUGUUUUACAUGGAAAUCAUAUCUUGUUAAGCAUGAGAGAAUUCACACAGGAGAGAAGCCAUAUUCAUGUUCAGAAUGUGGGAAAUGUUUUACACAAAAAUCACAUCUUCUUACACAUGAGAGAUGUCACACAGGAGAGUAGCCAUAUGCAUAUUCAGAAUGUGGGAAAUAUUUUACACAUAAGUCACAGCUUGUUACAAAUUCAAGAAAUCACACAAGAGAGAAGGCAUAUUCAUGUUCAGAAUAUGGGAAAUGUUUUACACAAAAAUUAUAUCUUGUUAAUCAAGAGAGAAUUCACACAGGAGAGAAGCCAUAUUCACGUUCAGAAUGUGGGAAAUGUUUUACAUGGAAAUCAGAUUUUGUUACACAUAGAGAAGUCGUAUUAAUGUUCAGAAUGUGGAAAAUGUUUUAAAGAUAAAUCAAAUCUUGUUACACAAGAGAAUUCACAUAGGAGAGAAACCAUAUUUAUGUUCGGAAUGUGGGAAAUGUUGUACCCAAAUAUCAAAUCUUUUGGCAUAUAAAAGAAUUCACACAGGAGAGAAACAUUUUAACAUAAUUUAACAUAUUAGGUUAUUCAUGGGCCUUAAAAAGUCAAUAAGAAUAUUUUUUUUGGGGGGGCUAUUAUCUUGGAUUUCUUGUUUGGUGCAAAUAAAUAAUGAAAGUUUUUGAAGACAAGGAGUGCCGCAGUUUUUUCUAAUAUUGGCAAUUGGGAGUGCAGCAGGCCGGGACUCAACACUGCAGGCACCGCCACCGAAUGGUCCUUUUUGAAAAAUCUCAGUGA